CUGCCGGCGAGCUCCGGGCCGGGCCGGGCCGGGCGGCUGCGGCCGGUAUGUGGAGCGGGCGGGCGGCGGCGGCGGUGCCGCGGUGGUGGCGGGCGUUGCGCAGCUCCGCCGCCCUGAGCGGUUCCAGGAACCUGCUGAGGAAAAUGCUCCGCAAAAAGAAAAAGAAGUUUUGGUACGAGAGCCCGACCCUGGGAUCUAAAAUGAUGUAUAAACAAACCAAGUUGGCCUCUGUAAUGAAAGAUGACCAGACAAAAACUAGGAAAGAAGAUAACAUACGCUGCAGAGUCUUGAAUAGUCUCAUUCAUAAAGCUGUGACAGAGAUGAUGGCUACCUCUGAAGUUAAUCAAGAACUUUAUGAUCUCAAGCUGGAAAUCUGCAAGGUGUCCCUGGCAUCAAACUUUUCAGCCUGUCGUGUGUACUGGAAUCCUGCUGCCACUACGGAGAAAGAAAGUUACGUUGAAAGCGUACUGCAGAAGAGUGCUCCGCGUAUACGGUAUCUUCUGACGAGUCAGCAGAUUCUAGGAAAUGUACCUCCAAUAGUAUUUUUAAAAGACAAAGAAGCUGCAGCUGUAAAAGAGAUUGAGGAAUUAUUGUCAAUUGCUGAUUUUGGACCUCCGGAAGAAGAAGAGGAAACAUUAUCUCAAAAUGAGUCUAGUGAACUGUUGUCUUCAGCAACUCAAUCUUCAGAUUCACCCAUGCGGUCUAAUCUUUUUGGUAUUGAUCAUGAACUGCUGAAUAAGCAGAUAAUGGACUACAAAAGACUGAAAGUGUCAAGAGAUACAGGAAGCAUUGCCUGGACAGAAGAGCAGGAGCAGCAGCUUUCUAAGAUUCAAAAGAAAAUGAAAAAGAAAAAAACAAGGAAUCCUCCUGAUGAUGACAUUAUACCACAGAAAUACUUACUGGACGAAGCUGAUGACUGGGAUGAUAACACUGAAUCAGUCUUGGACUAUGAGCUGGAGGAUGAAUUACAGGAAGAGGUAGAUGAAUUGGAGGCGGAUGAUGGCAAAACUCUAAGUCAGCCUAUGGAUAAACUGAAAUGAAGUGAAAAAGCCACUCCCUUUAAAGUGGAGGCUGCCAAUAGCAAAAAAAAAAAGACUGCCAUAGAUACUGAAAGAUUAGUUUUGUACAGCCUGUUUACCACUUCCUCUUUUGAACUAAUAGGUUUGCCACAUGUGGGGAGGUUUGCUAGCACAAAGUAUGUAAGAUAAACAAAAAUGCUAUUUGUGACAUUCUGUUAAGCAGCUUUCAAGCUGCUGCAGUUGUAGGACUUUCAACCAGAGAGCAGUUUUGUAAUAACAAAAUAUACAUAGUGUAGCACUGAGUUAAAACUUCUUGCAGUUCUGUCAAUUAUUUCCAAUAAAAUUAUGGUGUCUGUGUUGAAAUAAAA